AUGCAUGGCAGUAUCACUUCGCUGGAGGACAAUAUCUUCCAAAUUGACACUGACAAGUACCACACAGACAUGUGCUUAGUGAAGUAUGGUCCUUCUGAGGAAAAGCGAUACGAGUACAUCGUAUUUGCUGAGACAACAGGCAAAAACUCAUGCAGAUCAUAUCACGCUUUUGCACGCAACACUGACGAGUUUAACCGGCGAUACUUUGACGAUGUGUCGGAAUUCAUGAAAAGUGUGAGUCUAUGCUUCAGCUGUUUUGCCCCCUAG